AUGGAGACUCUCACCAGACACUUAACGGAAGUACUUUGUUUUCUCACAUCUCCCCAAUCUUGUUAUGAUCAAACAUUUAAUAAGUGCCUACCUGAGCAGAGGGGAGCCGCUGACCCAAAGGAAGAGAAAGAGGAAAUCUGUCUACCUGAGGAGAGGGAGGACAAUGGCUUAAAGGAAGAGGAAGAGGAAAUCUCUCUGCCUGAGGAAAGGGAAGACACUGCUUUGGAGGAGGAAGAGGAGGAAGAGGAUGAGACUUUUGAAAUGAAGGAUGGAGAAGCCUUAUCCUUCAAGCCUAAGGAACAGACAGAGACCUUUGAAGCAGUGGAAGAACCAAUAAGCAUGUUUCCCCCUCCAAAUGUGGUUCCUCCUCCCAAUGCAAUUUCCCCUCACUCAGUGUUCCCCCCUCCAACAGAACUCACCCCUCACUCUGUGUUUCCCCCUCCAACAGAACUCACCCCUCACUCAGUGUUUCCCGCUCCAACAGAACUCACCCCUCACUCUGUGUUUCCCGCUCCUACAGAACUCACCCCUCACUCUGUGUUUCCCCCUCCAAAUGAAUUUCCCCCUCCAAGAGAGUUUCUCCUUCAAUAUUUAUUUCCUUAAAUUUUGUCUCCUCCUCAAACUUUUACUGUAGGAAGGUAUCUGUUCUGAUAUGCUCUCUCUUGCUUUGGCUCCUUGUAGCAUUUAAUAAUUUACGUUAAAAGCAAGACUAAAUUCAAUCAGAACUGUAUGUUCUAUACUAGGACCAUGUAUGUUGGUUUUCUAAC